AUGGAUCCAGGGCAAAGAACAAAAACAUGUGGGGUUGCAUAACAGAAGCUUUAUCAUGUACCUAUUUUUUCAACACGGCAUAUCUUUACUCGAGGCAAUUCCCUUUCUUUUCGUUGUUAGAUCUCAAAACAACACCCAGAUAGGUUUUCACUGAAUAAUUCUCCAAACAAAAUGGCAUUAAGCAACAAUGUGAUCGGUGCAAUCAACUUUGUUGCUAUGCUGCUCUCAAUUCCAGUCAUUGGUGCUGGAAUCUGGCUUGCAAAUCAACCAGAUAAUUCUUGUUUGAAGAUUUUACAAUGGCCUGUUAUAGUUUUAGGGAUCUUAAUCUUGGUUGUAGCUCUAGCAGGCUUUAUAGGAGGGUUUUGGCGCAUCCCCUGGCUCCUUAUUGCUUACCUUGUUGGCAUGCUUAUCCUCAUCAUAUUGCUUGCAUGCUUGGUAGUUUUCAUCUAUAUGGUUACCAUUAGAGGUUCAGGCCACCUUGCACCUAGUCGCACAUACUUGGAAUAUCAUCUGGAAGACUAUUCAGGCUGGCUUCAACGAAGAGUCAGAAGUUCUUACAAGUGGGAGAGGAUAAAAGUCUGUCUCAGCUCAACAGAGAUUUGUGCCCAAUUGAACCAGAGUUAUACAAUGGCUAUAGAUUUCUUUAAUACUCAUCUAAGUCCCAUAGAGUCUGGAUGCUGUAAGCCACCAACUGAAUGUGGAUACACGUUUGGAUUAACUUGCAAUCUGAAAGCGGAAUGGAGAAAAGCUGACAUAAUACUGCUUAUAACUCUUAUUGCAAGGCGUAUACCUGAAGAAUCAGUUAACUGUAAGCUGGUAGUGGUGCAAUUGGGGCGUCGUUCUGAAUGGAGUUUGUGGGAUGUUGUGCCUUUAGGAAUGCCAAAACUGAGGACAUAUUUAGACGCUACAAACAAGGAAAGCAUGAAGCAUGGGGGCAGAACACCUGAAAUUCCGGUUUUGGAAUUUGGAAAACAAAGUAGAGUUGAGACUAACCAAACGAUAUACUUUACUCCUGAUUGUGAAUUGUUAAUGGAUCCUGCAACCUUUACAUUGUUAUUCCUGAGAUUAGAUAAAAUAAUACAAAUUGGGCUUGCAGAAUGUACAACAGGGGAAACUGAAGCUCAACUGUGCAAAAAAGGGGUUCAAUUCAUCGUGAUUCGUGCUUCUUUAGCGGGCCUAAAAUUGGAAAAUACAAGCUCAUGUCCAUUAGAUCUCAGACAACAAACCAUCCUCAGGAAGAUCUUCUCAUAA